AAGUACGCUACUGAUACAGAACUUGCACUCCUCCCAUACCCAGUCGCUGGCUUUCUCUCUCUAUAUAUGCACAGGACACCUGUAUCUAUAGCCCGGCCUGCACUCAGUUUCGCUCUGUUUAUCUCCUUCGCUUUGGUGCUUAAGCCUCCGGAGAUUCGUUGAAACGAAGCAGCUUAAAUUGUCGAGGUGCGAGUUGAGCUAGGGUUUGCCAACCAUUUCGUAAAAACCCUAGUUGGUGCUGUUAUGAAGCAUCAAGUUGCCGUACCGUCGGGGUGAGUUGAUCAACUGUCGGGAUUUCGUCUUCGAAUGGAGGGAGGUAGCGUCUCUAGACUUACUUCUUCUGAUUGUUUCAUGAGAAAACCUAAUUCAUAGGAUUCAAGGUAGAGUCCAUGUAACGCAUGGGUAAACAGAUGGACUAUAAUGACAAUGAUUACCAAAGCAAGAAUCUUCACCUAGCUGGUGAAGAUAGCUCAAAAGUCUCUUCUGUUUUGCGCCCUUUUGCUCUUCCCAGAUUUGAUUUUGAUGACAGUCUACAGGGGCAUUUAAGGUUUGACAGUUUAGUUGAAAACGAAGUUUUUCUUGGAAUUCCUUGUCAGGAAGACAAUCAGUGGAUUGAGGAUUUUUCUCGGGGAAGUAGUGGAAUAGAGUUCAGUUCAAGUGCUACCGAGUCUUGCUCCAUCCCUGGGCGCAACAAUGUCUGGUCUGAGGCAACUUCUUCAGAAUCUGUUGAAAUGCUGUUAAAAUCGGUUGGUCAAGAGCAUAAUCUUCCUGAAGAAGUUAUUGUUCAGGAGUCAGAUGGUGGCAAUAUGUUGGGUAAUGUGACCCAUGAAACCGAACCUAGGCUACAGGAGGAUGAUAAGAUGGACGGUGUUGAAGAUCCCAUCAUAGGUGUACAAGCUGAUCAGUUUUUGGGGAAGUUUUCUAGGUCUAGUGAGACAACAGAAGGAGAGAUAGACCGUCUUAAAUGUACAUUACAAGUGACAGGAACAUCUUCUGGAAAUGUUGCUAACAGUGCAAGUGCUGAAACAACUACUGAUAAAAGCCUACAGACUGAAAUGGAAAAUAGUGAUUUAAAUCAAGCAGAAGUGAAUGCUUCCCACAAUGAAACUUUGGUUAACCAAAAUGGAGGAGAUCCAUGUGUUUCUGGGAUUCAAGUUCAAAUUAAAGAUUGCUCUUCAUACAAUGAUACUAUAAUUCUGGGGAAUCCAGAUGUCCAUGAUAAAAUAAAUGAUAUUCAUCAAACUACAAGUGGUUUACCCGAUGAUUUUGGUAAAGGUGGGGAGGACAACAUCACAGUGAACAAAGACAUUAGUAUGGAUGAUAAAAAGUUAAGUGGGAUUGGUUUUGAAAGUGAUAAUCUUGUUAGUAAGGAUUCUAUAUGUAAUGUUACUUCAGAGGCAGAAGAUGUUAAAGAACUUGGAGUUAGAAAUACAUUUAAUAAUUUGGAGGAAUCUUCUACUUUGUUGGGAAAUGAGGAGUGUAACUUUCUCACUGCUGAAGGAUGCAAGAAAAAUGCACCAUCUACUGGAUCUCCUCAUGUUAGCAAGUCACAUGUUGUUGUGUCUUCCAAAGUGAUGGAAAGUGAACAUCAACCUGAAGGUGAUAGUAUGCAGCAUGAGGAGCAAUCUGUUUCCUUUAAGAGCACUUGUGCAUCAGAGGGACAUGGCAAAGAGGUAAGAGAGACUGAUGAUCAAGGCUCCAAUCUUGAGCUGGUGGAGGGUUUUUCUACACAAACACCAUAUGAACAAAGUAGUUUUACUGAACAAGAACAUAAUACUGAGAAAAGCAAUUUGGAUUCUGAUGCUAUUAAUGAAAGCUGUCUUGAUCAAGGAGAUGAUCUUAGCAAUCCAAGAGAUGCAUCUGCUUCUUCUGAAAUUCAUGAGGAGACACCUGUAGGUGAGGAUUUGGCAGGUGGGAAUGAUGAGUUGAGGGAAUGUGAAGUGGUUUUGGGCGAUGGAAACCAUGUCUCAUCCCAUGUCCUAGAUGAACCUGAGAAGCCAUGCAGAGAAGAUGUGUCCUCAAAGCAGCCUAUUAAUACCUGCAACAACAGUCAAAAUGCUUCUUCUGUUGAGAGGGGGGAAACGGUGUCAUCUGUUGUUGCUAGUGAUGUGGAAACUAAUAAAUCACUUGAUAACCACAUGAGAGCUGGAUCUUCUCUUGUUGAACAGUGUAGAGAACAUGCUGAGAGUGUUCAUGGGUCAGAGUUUGCCAUUUCAAUGGUGAAUAAACAAGCUUCUGAUACUGAGGUCGAAGAUGCAAACCGCUCCUCACAUGACACAGUGAACAGUGUCCCACUUUCUGAAAGAAGUGAUACACAGAUGGAAAGCCAGCUAGGUCCUGUUUCUGAUGUUGAAAAAGACACAUUUGUGGCAACACCAUUGACUGAUCAUUCCAUUACUAUGAUGGAGGCUUCUGACCAAGCCAAUGUUGCUGGUGAAAUUCAUGAAGACUGCUCUUUGGUUAGAGAAAUAGGAGGUCAGCAGCAUGACUCUGUAGCAGAAGAAGGCACUAAUGAUGAAAAAGUAACCAUUGGCAAGCAAACAGAUAAUGAGGGGAAAAAAUCAUCAAAAGCUGGAGAGGAAGAAAAUUCUGAGGAACAAGGUGCACCUGACUUGAGUUCUGCUGUUGAUGGGACAGCCACUCAGUGUCUGCAAACUGAGAGUAAAAAGAAUGAGGUUGGCAAUAAGGGUGCAGUUCAGAGUCUUCCACCUCCUCAGAAUACAGAUGGCGGUGGUAAAGUGCAGUCAAUGUGCGUGAAUUCUGCUGUAGAUUUAUCUACGAAAGAGACGCACAUUGACAUGCAAUUAUUUCCUUGUAGCACAACUGACACUAAGGUUGUACAGGAAAAUCCUCAGCCAAUUGACAAGGCAACACCACCUUGCAGCACAAAAGGUGGGUCUGAGAAUAAAACAAGGCGUCGCUCUGGUAAGUCAGGAAGAGAGAAUAGUAGGAAGGGGAAAGUGAAGGGAACUCCUGUCAAAGUCUCUGACAGGGUGGACAAUUCAUGUAUGCAUUUGGGCCCUUCUGGUGCUGGUCAAUUGGUGCAAUUUGAUGUUGGAAAUGUCCAGCGUAGUGGUACAAAGAUGGGGAACAUAGUUUCUAAUUCAACAUCCAAUCUUCUGGAUCUGAACUCUUCCACUCCUCCGGCAUCAUUUCAACAGCCUUUUACUGAUUUACAACAAGUGCAAUUACGAGCACAGAUCUUUGUUUAUGGAUCUUUGAUUCAAGGUGCAGCACCUGAUGAGGCUUGUAUGAUUUCAGCCUUUGGGACCUCUGAUGGAGUGAGGAGCAUUUGGGAGCCCGCAUGGCGUUCUUGUGUAGAAAGGCUUCAUGGGCAGAAAUCUCUCAUUAUCAGUGCUGAAGUGCCUGGAAUACAAUCAGGUUCAGGUUUAAAGACACCAGAUCAACCAAGCAAACCGGAUUUGCAUCAAAGCAAAGUUAUUUCCUCAUCAGCUGCUCGACCAAGUAGCAAGGGUACUUCUAUACCUGUCAUUACUCCUAUGAUGCCUCUUUCAUCUCCUCUUUGGAAUAUGGCUACUCCAUCUUGUGAUGGUCUGCCACCGAGCAGUACAGCAAAGGGAGCAGUUAUGGGGUAUCAAGCAGUUUCCACUUUGCAUCCUUACCAGACUCCACCCAUGCGGAAUUUCAUUGGACAGACUACUUCCUGGCUAUCACAGACUCCUUUAACUGCAUCCUGGGUUAAUCCACAAACUUCUGCUUUUGACAUUAGCACUCGUAUUCCAGUUUUUCCUAUUACAGAGCCCGUGAAUUUGACCCCUGUUAAAGAACCAACUGGUGUUGUUUCUACUGGAGCAAAGUAUGCACCACCAAGUCCUGUGGCCCCUCGUAUGCUUUCUGGUGUUCUUGCAGAGACUUCUCUUAUUGAUGGUGAAAAGGGCACAGCACCAACCGAAUUUACUUCUUUAACAAAAACUAGAAAGAGAAAAAAGACAUCCAGUACUGAGGGUCCUGGACAGAUCUCCCUGCCAACUGCUCCAGCUGAACCAGUGUCUGCCCCUACUAACAAUUGCCAUUUGUCAAAAAAAGCUCCUUCAUCUGAGGAUAUUGGACAUGUCUCAAUGGUAGCCAGAAGCCAGACAGAAACAUUGUCUACUCCUAUUGUUAGCAGCCAUUUAUCUACAUCAGUUGCUGUCAUCACUCCUAACAUUGUGUCCAAAUGCAAGUCCAACACAGUUGCUUUGUCCAUACCUGUUGAUCACUGUAAAAGAGUGGAUGACAAUUUGGAGAAGAGGAAAUUAACUUCACUCGAUAUGAACAAAAUUGAGGAGGCUAAGAUACAAGCGGAGGAGGCUGCUAAACAUGCAGCUGCUGCACUUGGUCACUGCCAAGGUGUAUGGAGUCAGUUGGAUAAACAAAAGAACUCUGGCUUGAUGUCUGACAUUGAGACUAAGCUGGCGUCUGCUGCUGCUACUAUAGCAGCAGCUGCUUCAGUUGCUAAAGCAGCAGCUGCAGCUGCCAAAAUUGCAUCAAGUGCUGCUUCACAGGCAAGACAGAUGGCUGACGAGGCAUUGGUAUCAAGCACAAAUGCUCCCUUGGAAAGCAGGACUGAUUCUCUUCCCGAAUUUGUAAGAAACUUGGGAAGUGCAACUCCUGCAUCCAUUUUGAAGGGUGGGGAUGAGCCCAAUGGUUCUGGUUCCAUUAUUUUUGCUGCCAGGGAGGCAGCUAGAAGAAGAGUCGAGGCUGCUUCUGCUGCUGCAAGGCAUGCUGAAAAUUUAGUUGCAAUAGUGAAGGCUGCAGAAUUAGCUUCUGAAGCAGUAUCACAUGCUGGAAAAGUUGUUACAAUGGGGGAUCCUUUGACUUUGAGUGAAUUGGUUGAAGCAGGACCUGACGGCUACUGGAAAGUUUCCGAAGCACAUUGUGAGCUGGGUGUGAAAUCAAAUGAUGUGAAUGUGGGGAGAUCUGAUUUCAACAGUGUUGAAAAUGCUUCUGAUGUUUGUCUGGAGAAAUCUGAGGAUCCAUCUAAAAAGGCAUUACAUGCCUUGACAAUGGGUCCAUCACCUCUUCCAGAAGGGAUAUCUGUUAAUACAAUCGAAGGAAGUGUCAGAGAAGAAGAAGGCAUCUCAUCAUCCAUUGCAUGUGCUGAAAAGGAUAAGAGAGGGAGCAAGGGUCCUAGUCCUAAUACAUCAGAAUUGACCAAGACCCCUGACGUUUCUACCAACCCCGAAAUGGAUUCAAGGUCAACUUCCUUUCAGGAGGUGAAUGGAAACAAUGCAAGUUCAACAGAAGAAAACAAUAUAAAAGAGGGUUGUCAUGUUGAGGUUUUUAGGGAUAGUGGUGAUUUUAAUGAUGCAUGGUUCUUGGCCAAAGUAUUAAGUUUAAAGGAUGGGAAUGCUUUUGUCUGUUACACAACACUCCAAUCUGACAAAGGUUCAGCACAGCUAAAGGAGUGGAUACCUUUAGGUAUAGAUGGUGAUGGGGUGCCUAGAAUACGUGCUGCACAUCCUAUGACCCUUCUGAUCUCUUCUGACGGAGCCAGAAAGAGAAGACGAGAAGCAGUUAAGGAAUACUCUUGGUCUGUUGGUGAUCAAGUAGAUGCAUGGAUCCAUGAUUGCUGGAGGGAAGGUGUCAUUAUUGAAAAGAACAAAAAGGAUGAAACUACAUUUACUGUCAAUUUUCCAGCUCGAGGAGAUAAUGCAGUUGUGAGAGUGUGGCAUCUCCGUCCUAGACUUGUUUGGAGGGAUGGAGAGUGGAUUGAGUGGUUCCCUUCAAAAGAGCAAUCUUCUUUUCAGGGUGAUACUCCAAAGGAGAAGAGAAUGAAGUUAGGAAAUCCUGCUAGUGAGGCCAGGGAAAAGGCCAAGGUCAAGACAAAUAUCAAUAUGCCAGAAUCAGGGACAAAUGAAGAAACCAAGUUGCUCCCUUUAGCUGCUGAUGAAAAAAUAUUUAAUGUUGGUAGCAAGAUGGAUGAGAAUAAGCCCAACACACUCAGAACUAUGAGAUCUGGUUUACAAAAAGAAGGGCCAAAAGUUGUUUUUGGCGUGCCUAAACCUGGAAAGAAGAGGAAGUUUAUGGAAGUAAGCAAGCAUUAUGAUUCAAACAGGGGCAUUAAGACCAGUUCAGCAAAUGAGUCGGCCAAGUUUGCAAAAUAUGGGAUGCCAACAGGAUCAGGAGUUGGGGGAUGUAAAAAUACUUCUAGAACUGAUCCAAAGGAGAAGCUUAUGGCUGAUUCAAGAUCCAAAGUUCUUAAAUCUAGAAAACCACCCACUUCAAGUAAGAUAUUGAAAGAUAACUUUUUGAAAUCAACUUCGACUACUUCCGGUGAUGCUACUACCUCAACUGACCAUGUGGCAAAGGACGUUAUCACCCAUGAAAAGAGUGAAUCAGGGCAAUCAGAUUCAGUCAAGUUUGGUCCGAAUGCUGAUGGUGUAGCUGAAGAUUCCAUACAUUUUUCUUCAGAGGCUCUUCCUGCUGAACCUACUAAGAAGGCUUCAAAGUUGAAGAACAAAUCUGAACAGCUGAACAAGAUAAACCGUGCUGCUACCAGCGGAAAGUCAAUAAAAGAUGAGGUGAAUGACAAGUCAAAUUCUGAAAUCAGUGAGCCGCGCAGGUCAAAUCGUAGGAUUCAGCCAACAUCAAGGUUAUUGGAAGGCUUGCAGAGCUCACUUAUUAUCUCAAAGUUCCCAACUGUUUCACAUGACAGAAGUCACAAAAGCCACAAUAGAGGCACAUCUAAAGGUAAUAGCAGCCAUGGUUAAUAAUAGGCCCUUUUGGAAUAAAUGCGGUGCAAUCCAGAGAGAUUCUCCAAUGCCUACAACAAUGAAGACGGCGUAAAUGUUGUAUAUUUUUUAUAUUAAAGAGGUGAAAAUGGCAAUGGGAAAUUUCACUUCUUGGUGCAUUAGCUGUUAGAAUUAGGGUGGUAGAUUACCAUAAUGAUUUAGUUCCUUACAGAAUCAUGAUGAUGUUGCAGCAGAGGCAGCGCUUCUUAGUUCUUACUCAAUAGUUUGUAUAUGGAAUUCAUGUAGUUGGAUCAAAAAUUUCUGGAAUGCUUUUUGAAGUGAUCCAUUAUUAUUACUUUUGGAAGCUGAUUGAUUUCACAUGUCGAUUUGACUAUUGCAUAUUUUGCACCCUA